CCUAAUUUCAUUUUUUCUCAAAAGCUUCCAGACACUUUGAGACUCUUCAUCAUUUCUCACUCCGACAUCGAUGGCUAUGUUAUCUCACCGUCUCCGACGAGCUUUACUCACGGCGACUUCCUAUGUUAACCGAUCAAUUUCUCUCUCCCCAGCUUCCAUUUCACCAGCGUCCGAUUUCCAUUCUGUGUCUUCGUCGGUGCUACAGAGAUCUGUUUUAGGUAGAUCGACUGAAGUAGCCACUCGAGCUCCGGCGAGACUGUAUUCGACGAGGCAGCUGAAGCUUUACAAAGAAGGCGAUGAGAUAACGGAAGACACUGUGUUGUUCGAAGGGUGUGAUUAUAAUCACUGGCUUAUCACUAUGGAUUUCCCCAAGGAUGAUCCUAAGUCUCCUGAGGAAAUGGUCGCUACCUAUGAACAAACCUGCGCUCAAGGACUUGGUAUCAGUGUGGAAGAGGCCAAGCAAAGGAUGUAUGCUUGUAGCACAACAACUUACCAAGGUUUUCAGGCAACCAUGACUGAACAAGAAUCAGAAAAAUUCAAGGAUCUACCUGGAGUGGUCUUCAUAUUGCCAGAUUCCUACAUUGAUCCCGUGAACAAAGAGUAUGGAGGAGACAAAUACGAGAAUGGAGUGAUCACACACAGGCCACCACCAGUUCAGAAUACCAGAAUGAGACCCCGUCCUAGGUUUGACCGUUCACCGGGAGGAGGAGGAGGAGGAGGUCCUCAAAACUACCAAAGAAACCCACAGUAUGGUCAGCAACCGCCAAUGCAAGGUGGUGGAGGGAGCUAUGGUUCUCAACAGAGCUAUGGCCCUCCAGGACAAGGUCAGGGAACUCAAGCGCCUCCACCUCCAUAUCAGGCAGGGUACAACCAAGGCCCGAGAUCUCCACCACCUCCGUAUCAGGCAGGUUAUAAUCAAAGCCAGGGAUCUCCAGUGCCUCCAUACCAAGGGCCACAAGGCAGUUAUGGUCAAGGCGGAUCUGGGAACUAUAACCAAGGGCCACAAGGAGGUUACAACCAAGGAGGACCUAGG